AUGGCGUCCACCACUGUCUUCCGUCUGGCAGCUCGCAGCACCUCCACCCUCCUCCGACCCUGCGCCCGUCCUGUUUUCAGAGCUCCCUCGCUAGCUGCUCCCAAGUCCCUUACCCAAAAAUCCGCCUUCAGCUCUUGCGCCGUGCGAAGAAGUGGCGGACACGAGGAAGAGACCUUCGAAGAAUUCUCGUCUAGAUACGAGAAGGAAUUCGAUGCCGUUCAGGAUGUCUUUGAGCUUCAGCGAAACCUAAAUAACGCCUUUGCGUACGAUCUUGUUCCUUCGCCAGGCGUCGUUACUGCAGCGCUCAAGGCUGCUCGCCGAGUGAACGAUUACCCUACUGCCGUCAGAAUAUUUGAAGGUAUCAAGGCCAAGGUCGAGAACAUCCAGCAAUACGAAGAGUAUCUUGAAGAGCUCAAGCCGGUACGGGAGGAGCUUGGUAUCAACUUGAAGGAAGAUCUCUACCCCGAAGGCACCGACUCACCACACUACAACCCAUAA